GUGGGCGGCGGCGGCGACGGCGGCUCGCGGAGCCCUGGGCGCGGCGGCGGUGGCCCGGGAGCGGGGCCGGUGUGGGGCUCGGGGGCGGGUCCACGUGGCUGGAGGGCGGCCACCCUGAGCCAGGGGCGGUGGAGACACAGGCCCGUACCUGGGUGCAGCUGCCGGCCAUGCCCGCUGUCUGUCUCCUCUCACUGCUCGUCCUUGCCAUGGGGGUGCCCCUGGGCAGCAGCAGGCCCUUCCCUGCCUUCUCGGUGACAGACACCACACUCACCCACCUGGUGGUACACCGGGUGACUGGAGAGGUGUUCGUGGGCGCAGUGAACCGUGUCUUCAAGCUGACCCCCAACCUGACCGAGCUGCGGGCCCACGUCACGGGGCCUGUCGAGGACAAUGCUCGCUGCUAUCCACCCCCCAGUAUGCGUGUGUGUGCCCAUCGCCUGGCGCCUGUGGACAACGUGAACAAGCUGCUGCUCAUAGACUAUGCAGCCCGCCGCCUGGUGGCCUGUGGCAGCAUCUGGCAGGGCAUCUGCCAGUUCCUGCGCCUUGAUGACCUCUUCAAGCUUGGCGAGCCUCACCAUCGCAAGGAGCACUACCUGUCGGGGGCACAGGAACCUGACUCCAUGGCCGGCGUCAUUGUAGAGCAGGGCCAGGGGCCCAGCAAGCUGUUCGUGGGCACUGCCGUGGAUGGCAAGUCCGAGUACUUCCCCACCCUGAGCUCCCGCAAGCUCAUCGGUGACGAGGACAGUGCCGACAUGUUCAGUCUGGUCUACCAGGACGAGUUUGUCUCCUCGCAGAUCAAGAUCCCCUCAGACACGCUGUCCCUGUACCCCGCCUUUGACAUCUACUACAUCUAUGGCUUUGUGAGUGCUUCUUUUGUGUACUUCCUGACGCUGCAGCUGGACACCCAGCAGACGUUGCUGGACACAGCAGGCGAGAAAUUCUUCACGUCCAAGAUUGUGCGCAUGUGCGCAGGUGACUCAGAGUUCUACUCAUACGUGGAGUUCCCCAUCGGCUGCUCCUGGCGCGGCGUGGAGUACCGCUUGGUGCAGAGCGCCCACCUGGCCAAGCCUGGCCUGCUGCUGGCCCAGGCCCUGGGCGUGCCGGCCGACGAGGACGUCCUCUUCACCAUCUUCUCUCAGGGCCAGAAGAACCGGGCCAGCCCACCACGGCAGACCAUCCUCUGCCUCUUUACUCUCAGCAACAUCAACGCCCACAUCCGGCGCCGCAUCCAGUCCUGCUAUCGCGGGGAGGGCACGCUGGCCCUGCCCUGGCUGCUGAACAAGGAGCUGCCCUGCAUCAACACCCCCAUGCAGAUAAAUGGCAACUUCUGUGGGCUGGUGUUGAACCAGCCACUAGGUGGCCUGCACGUAAUCGAGGGGCUGCCCCUGCUGGCAGACAGCACUGACGGCAUGGCCAGUGUGGCCGCCUACACCUACCACCAGCACUCUGUGGUCUUCAUUGGCACUCGCAACGGCAGCCUGAAGAAGGUGCGGGUCGAUGGCUCCCAGGAUGCCCAUCUGUAUGAGACGGUACCCGUGGUGGACGGCAGCCCCAUACUCCGAGACCUGCUCUUUAGCCCCGACCACCGGCACAUCUACCUCCUGAGUGAGAAGCAGGUGAGCCAGCUCCCGGUGGAGACCUGCGAGCAAUACCUGAGCUGUGCAGCCUGCCUGGGCUCGGGGGACCCGCACUGUGGCUGGUGUGUGCUGCAGCACAGAUGCUGCCGUGAAGGGGCCUGUCCAGGUGCCUCGGUCCCUCAUGGCUUUGCUGAGGAGCUGAGCAAGUGUGUUCAGGUGCGGGUCUGGCCCAACAACGUGUCAGUGACAUCGCCUGGGGUGCAGCUGACUGUGGCCAUGCGCAACGUGCCAGACCUCAGUGCAGGUGUGAGCUGUGCCUUUGAGGAGGUGACGGAGAGUGAGGCCGUCCUCUUGCCCUCCGGGGAGUUGCGCUGCCCCUCACCCUCCCUCCAGGAGCUCCGGGCUCUCACCAGGGGGCACGGGGCCACCCGCACCGUGCGGCUGCAGCUGCUUUCCAAGGAGACCGGCGUGAGCUUCGCAGGGGCCGACUUUGUUUUCUACAACUGCAGCGUUCUCCAGUCGUGCAUGUCCUGCGUCGGCAGCCCUUACCCGUGCCACUGGUGUAAGUACCGCCACGUGUGUACCAGCCACCCCCACGAGUGCUCCUUCCAGGAGGGCAAGGUCCACAGCCCUGAGGGCUGCCCUGAGAUCCUGCCCAGCGGGGACCUCCUGAUCCCGGUUGGCGUCAUGCAGCCUCUUACCCUGAGGGCCAAGAACUUGCCGCAGCCCCAGUCGGGCCAGAAGAACUAUGAAUGCGUGGUCCGGGUGCAGGGGCGGCAGCAGCGGGUGCCUGCCGUGCGCUUCAACAGCAGCAGCGUGCAGUGCCAGAAUGCCUCGUAUUCCUAUGAAGGCGAUGAGUAUGGUGACACUGAGCUGGACUUCUCUGUGGUCUGGGAUGGAGAUUUCCCCAUCGACAAGCCUGCCACCUUCCGAGCUCUCCUGUACAAGUGCUGGGCCCAGCGGCCUAGCUGUGGCCUCUGCCUCAAGGCUGACCCCCGCUUCAACUGUGGCUGGUGCAUCUCGGAGCACAGGUGCCAGCUGCGGGCCCACUGCCCAGCACCCAGGACCAACUGGAUGCACCUGAGCCAGAAGGGCACCCGCUGCAGCCACCCCCGCAUUGCUCAGAUCCACCCACUCAUGGGGCCCAAGGAGGGAGGCACCCGGGUCACCAUCAUGGGUGAGAACCUGGGCCUCACCUACCGAGAGGUGGGCCUACGGGUGGCCGGUGUGCGCUGCAACUCCAUCCCCGCUGAGUACGUCAGCACUGAGAGGAUCGUGUGUGAGAUGGAGGAGUCGCUGGUGCCCAGCCCACUGCCAGGGCCCGUGGAGCUCUGUGUAGGCGACUGUUCAACUGAUUUCCGCACGCAGUCUGAGGAACUCUACAGCUUCGUGACCCCAACGUUCGACCGUGUGAGUCCUAGUCGGGGCCCAGCUUCAGGAGGCACACGGCUCACCAUUUCCGGUAGCUCUCUGGACGCUGGCAGUAGGGUCACGGUGACUGUGAGAGAUGGCGAGUGCCAGUUUGUGAGGAGAGAUGCCGAAGCGAUCGUGUGUAUCUCCCCCGUCUCCACCCUGGGCCCCAGCCAGGCCCCCAUCACCCUGGCCAUUGACCGUGCCAACAUCUCCAGUCCUGGAGUCCUCUACACCUACACCCAGGACCCCACUGUCACUCGCCUUGAGCCUACCUGGAGCAUCAUCAACGGAAGCACUGCCAUCACUGUGAGUGGGACCCACCUGCUGACAGUCCAGGAGCCCCGGGUCCGGGCCAAGUACCGAGGCAUUGAAACCACCAAUACGUGCCAGGUGAUCAACGACACUGCCAUGCUGUGUAAGGCCCCUGGCAUAUUCCUGGGGCGGCCCCAGCCACAGGCCCAGGGCGAACACCCUGAUGAGUUCGGCUUCCUGCUGGAUCAUGUGCAGACGGCCCGCUCCCUCAACCGAUCCUCUUUUACCUACUACCCUGACCCCAGCUUCGAGCCAUUUGGGCCCUCUGGCGUCCUGGACGUCAAACCUGGCUCCCACGUAGUGUUGAAGGGCAAGAAUCUGAUCCCCGCAGCAGCUGGCAGCUCCCGCCUCAACUACACAGUGUUGAUUGGGGGCCAGCCGUGCGCACUCACUGUCUCGGACACGCAACUCCUGUGCGACUCACCCAGCCAGACGGGCCGGCAGCCUGUCAUGGUGCUGGUGGGUGGCCUGGAGUUCUGGCUGGGCACCCUGCACAUCACGGCUGAGCGGGCGCUGACCCUGCCAGCCGUGGUGGGGCUGGCGGUGGGCGGCGGGCUCUUGCUGCUGGCCAUCACUGCUGUGCUGGUCGCCUAUAAGCGCAAGACUCAGGAUGCAGACCGCACGCUCAAGCGGCUCCAGCUACAGAUGGACAACUUGGAGUCCCGUGUGGCCCUGGAAUGCAAGGAAGCCUUUGCCGAGCUGCAGACAGACAUCAACGAGCUGACAAACCAUAUGGAUGGGGUGCAGAUCCCUUUCCUGGACUACCGGACCUAUGCUGUGCGUGUGCUCUUCCCAGGCAUCGAGGCCCACCCGGUGCUCAAGGAGCUGGAUACCCCGCCCAAUGUCGAGAAGGCCCUGCGCCUCUUCGGGCAGCUGCUGCACAGCCGGGCCUUCGUGCUGACCUUCAUCCACACGCUAGAGGCCCAGAGCAGCUUCUCCAUGCGGGACCGUGGCACCGUGGCCUCGCUCACCAUGGUGGCCUUGCAGAGCCGCCUUGAUUAUGCUACAGGGUUGCUCAAGCAACUGCUGGCGGAUCUCAUAGAGAAAAACUUGGAGAGCAAGAACCACCCAAAGCUGCUACUGCGCAGGACCGAGUCAGUGGCUGAGAAGAUGCUUACCAACUGGUUCACAUUCCUGCUACAUAAGUUUCUGAAGGAGUGCGCCGGGGAGCCGCUUUUUCUGCUGUACUGUGCCAUCAAGCAGCAGAUGGAGAAGGGCCCCAUCGACGCCAUCACGGGCGAGGCGCGCUACUCCCUGAGCGAGGACAAGCUCAUCCGGCAGCAGAUCGACUACAAGACACUGACCCUGCACUGUGUGUGCCCGGAGAGUGAGGGCAGCGCUCAGGUCCCGGUGAAGGUUCUCAACUGUGACAGCAUCACGCAGGCCAAAGACAAGCUGCUGGACGUGGUGUACAAGGGCCUCCCGUACUCCCAGCGCCCCAAAGCUGAGGACAUGGACCUAGAAUGGCGCCAGGGCCGCAUGGCCCGCAUCAUCCUCCAGGAUGAGGAUGUCACCACCAAGAUCGAGUGUGACUGGAAGAGGGUCAACUCACUGGCCCAUUACCAGGUGACAGAUGGUUCCUUGGUGGCACUGGUGCCCAAGCAAGUAUCCUCUUAUAACAUGGCCAACUCCUUUACCUUCACCCGCUCCCUCAGCCGCUACGAGAGCUUGCUCCGCACGGCCAGCAGCCCUGAUAGCCUCCGCUCUCGGGCGCCCAUGAUCACACCAGACCAGGAGACGGGCACCAAGCUGUGGCACCUGGUGAAGAACCACGACCAUGCCGACCACCGCGAGGGGGACCGUGGCAGCAAGAUGGUCUCAGAGAUCUACUUGACACGGCUGCUGGCCACUAAGGGGACACUGCAGAAGUUUGUGGACGACCUCUUUGAGACCGUGUUCAGCACGGCACACAGGGGCUCAGCCCUGCCCCUGGCCAUCAAGUACAUGUUCGACUUCCUGGAUGAGCAGGCCGACCAGCGCCAGAUCAGCGACCCCGACGUGCGCCACACGUGGAAGAGCAACUGCUUGCCCCUGCGCUUCUGGGUGAACGUGAUCAAGAACCCACAGUUUGUGUUCGACAUCCACAAGAGCAGCAUCACGGACGCCUGCCUGUCUGUGGUGGCCCAGACCUUCAUGGACUCCUGCUCCACAUCCGAGCAUCGCCUGGGCAAGGAUUCGCCCUCCAACAAGCUGCUCUACGCCAAGGACAUCCCCAACUAUAAGAGCUGGGUGGAGAGGUACUACCGGGACAUUGCAAAGAUGGCAUCCAUCAGCGACCAGGACAUGGAUGCCUACUUGGUGGAGCAGUCCCGACUCCAUGCCAGUGACUUCAAUGUCCUAAGCGCACUCAGCGAGCUCUACUUCUAUGUCACCAAGUACCGCCAGGAGGUUCUCACCGCUCUGGACCGAGAUGCCUCUUGUCGGAAGCAUAAGUUGCGCCAGAAGCUGGAACAGAUCAUCAGCCUCCUGUCCAGCAACAGCUAAGGGUGGUGAACCGGUGAGGAGGGGGCUUCUCAGUCCUGAGCCGUCCUCCCGUCGAGGGGGGCGGCACACACCUGGGUCUAGGGGCUGAGCCCGGAUCGGGCGGGACGGGGGAGGCCACGGGGCCAAUGUGCCCCUGGCCCAUCUGCGCCCCCUUCAUUAGUGCCUUGCUUUGGGCCCCGCCGGGGCGGGGGUGGGGGGCGGAGGGGGACAGGGUGACAGGACCAAGCCCCCGACCCCAGCAGCAGCAAUACCCCCAGCCUCCUGCCCUUGCACCCAGGUGUUGUGACAGCCCCUGCCUUCCUUGCUAUUUAUAUCCCCAACGACCUAUUUAUUUAAUUUACCUCCACCUCACCCUCUCCAUCUGUAAAUACUUGUCCCCCCUGGGAUGUUGCCAGCCUCACUCACGUUCUCUCCUUGAGUCGUCCUGGCUCCCUUGUGACAUUGUCAGCUUUGGCCUAGCCUCUGGCACCUCACCCUUGCCGUGGCUGGCCCCACCCAUUCCGAGAAGGGGCCUUGGCACCGGCAGCACUUGGGGUGGGCUGAUGCACCUGAAGCUGCCCUCAGACUGUGGCUGUGCCCAGGGGUUCCCCUACAGCUGGGCCACAGCGUCCCCCUCCAAACUUCUCGGGAGUUGGACUGUCUGUUCUCACAGGGCCCUGUUCUCUCUGAGCUCCUGGAGAGCUUGAACCAGGCUGGUGCCGGGGCCUGACCUGGGCCUGGGGUCUCCAGGACUCUCCUUCUCCUGGCCCUACUGCCAAACUUCCUCAGUGUUGUCUGCAUUUGCCCCCGACCCCCUCAUCCUCAGCUGCCCUGUCCUGCGCCCGCCCCACGGGGCCGAGGCAGCAGUGCCUUACUCCGUCCUCUGCCUCCUCUGAGGAAUCUGGCCCCGUCUUGCAGUCCUGGAAACCCCAUUCUCCCCUCUUUUGUUGCAUGAGUUUUUCUUUGUUCAUGUAAUUUUUUUUCCUAAUUAAAUGUUGGGAAAAUGGA